GACGCUUCCUACGAGAUUGAUGUGAAUCUUCGUCGUGCGCGCGGCUUAGCCGGCUUCUUGUCUCUUCUUUGCGCGCGCGUUUCAUAAGAAAGGAAGGAUUUUAAUUUUCCUGACGUUGUGUGCGGACUCAGUGCGCUAUCGACAUCCGACGCGAGUGGACGCGGAACUUUAUAUUCUCCGGAUCGGGAAAAGUGUUUUUUUUGUGUUCUCGAGAACACAAAAAGUGUUUUUUUUUUGAGUGUCGGUUUGAGAAAAAAAAGUUCUUGAAUGAAUUUUGUAUGGGAACAAAUUCAAUUAAAAGAGUGAGGAAAAAUAGUGAAGUGAGACGCGAAUUGAAAAUACAACAUGCAAAAAAUGAUCGGAAACAAAGUGGAACAAAAGAUUUAAAAUUAGUGAUCGUGAUUGACAGCAAAUCAAGUGACAUUGGAUCUUAAAAGUGCGCAAGGACAAAAGAAAACCACCAGAGGAAAACUAGAUCGAAUCCGAGGCGAUUGUCCUGUAAGUGAAUGACGCUAGGAUAAAAGCUAUCAAAAACAGAUUGGAUUAAACGAAACGGAGCGCUGAAUUACCUUUUCCCAGACUGGAUUACUUUCAUAAGAUUUCGACAGUGUCUAAUCUCAACAGCCAGGAUGAACGAUACGAAGUUUCUAACGAGCAACAACAUAACGAGCAAUAUCGUAUGAUGCCUCCAACAAGCUUCAGAUUUACGAAACGAAAAGUAGUGUAACAUAGCGCUCCCAUCUCAUACAAAUGGAUAAGUGUAAUUGAGCAAGUCGCAUAGAUUUCCAAUCAUUUUUGUUACAAGCAUAGUUUCACAAACACACGGACUAAGAGGCUAAAAAAUGUCAGCUCAAGUGCAACCGUUAGCGGCGUUCGUCGCGCUGGCGAUAGUGCUGCUGAUCGGACGGAUAGAACAAGCUGCAACGUACAAAAUCUCAACGGCAGAUCCGGAUGUGAUUCGAAUAAACCUAGGACACAAAAGGCUUGUGAAAGAGUCGGUUCCCCUCAACUCGAAACUGCUGAUUAAGUGCAAUUUCGAUGCACCAUCUUGGUUCCGAAACGGCAAGCCGAUUCCGGCCGACAGUAGGAGAGCGAAAUCGCUGAAAUUCAAUUCCAUAAAAAAGACCGACGCCGGCUACUACUCGUGCGGUUCGGAGUUCGGAGAGUGGUCAAACCUGACGUUAUCGGUGUUCAGUCAGCACGAGGCUGCCGAUAGCUACCAGAACGACUCACCGGGUAGUGGAGCGGGGUUUUCGACGCGUGUAGCCAACCUUGAGAUGAAGAGCUUACAUCCGCUACCGACGACCACUCCACUGUCCAGCCUGCAGCAGGCAAGUACCGAAACGGACAGGUUCCAUCCGGAGAUCGUGGACAACGAUUUGGGCGAGAAGCCGCCUAAGUUUGCGGCUGGGUCCCGAGAUCAGGUGACUAGCGUGACGCGUCGAGUUGGUGAAAGCUACAAACUCAAGUGUGAAGUCUCCGGUGAACCCACAUUUCGUAUUACUUGGACUAAGAAUGACAAUACACUGAACACGAAAAUCAGCAACAAGUCCAACGUGUUACUGCAGUCCGUAGAACCCGAAGACGCAGGCGUGUAUGAGUGUCGGGUAUGCAACACAUACGGAUGCAUCAACUCAACGACGAAAUUUGACGUGAUCAAUGAUACGGAGAAGCUUUAUAUUCAGUACAAUAACAUGGAAAGUCACUCGCAAUUGUCCGACAGCGAGGAAAUAGACAAUCCGGAUUAUGUGUUGGACGAUCAUCAAUAUGGUGAUAUGGACUAUGAGGAAACCAGGGACGAGGAAAAAGAGGAUGAGAAGGAGAUGAACCAGGCACCUCCACUAGGGGAAUCCAGUAGGGAAACUCUCGUAAAUCAUCCUACGGUUGUAGCGACAAAGGAAGAAUUGAAACCAGGGCCGCCAUUCUUCACGAAGCCAGAACACAUGGUAGGGCUUAAUGCGAAGCCCUCGGGUAAUAUGGUUCGCUUGCGAUGCCCUGCCGAUGGUAACCCAAUGCCUAAUAUUACCUGGACAAAGGAUGGCCAGAAAAUUGUACGCAGUAUGGGCACGGUGAAAUACGCAAAAUGGUCAAUCGUACUGGAAGAUCUAGUCCCGAAGGACUCGGGCGCCUAUACGUGUAACGUUUGCAACAACUUGGGAUGCGUUAGUUUUACCACACAGCUGGAAGUUACAGAUCGCUUCCCUGCGCGUCCAUACAUUAAAGAGGGUUUCCUGCAAAACACCACUGUUUUGGUUAAUUCCACGGCUACGUUCGAGUGUCUGACGAUAUCAGAUCUUGAGCCCCACAUCGAGUGGAUCAAAUUUCAUAUCGUAGAUAUGGACAAUCCGAGAAUUCCGAACAAUAUUACCAAAUUGGAGCGUGAUUCGGAUAAUCCCGAAAUUUUAACCAUCGAAAAUGUCACCCAUGCGGAUGAAGGAUGGUACACUUGCGUAGCAGCAAACACUCUGGGUGCAUCGUACGAGAGUGCGUACCUGCGGGUCGUUGAUGAGUUUCUCGAUGACGACGCUCCGAUGGCACAUCCCGUCAGGCAGCAUUCCACGCUGAUAACAAUAAUGACUGCCGUGUUGUCCAUUUGCUUUCUGGCCCUUGCGAUAUUCGUGAUAAUCGUGUCCAGGAAGCUCAAACGUGAAAAGAUGAAGCAUCGAGCUAUGGAACAUGUUAAUCAGUGGACCAAGAAGGUGAUUGUGUUGAAACAGCCGGUAAUCGAGAACAGCAUCCCAGGAAUUACGGAAGCAUUGCAAAUGCCAAUUGUUCGGAUAGAGAAGCAACGCUCAACAUUGGUUCAAAGCGGAAACUGUGAUCCAACCAUGAUAUCUGAGUAUGAAUUUCCCAUUGACCUGAAUUGGGAGUUUCCCCGUAAUAAACUGAUCCUAGGCAAGAGCCUCGGAGAGGGUGCUUUCGGUAAGGUUGUAAUGGCUGAGGCACAGGGGUUGGUCAAAGGACAGGCAUCGACAGUUGUUGCGGUCAAGAUGUUAAAGGAGGGUCACACCGACGCCGACGUCAAGGAUCUUGUCUGUGAGAUGGAAGUGAUGAAAAUGAUUGGGAAGCACGUCAACAUCAUCAACCUGCUCGGAUGUUGCUGCAAGGACGGACCGUUGUACGUUAUCGUGGAAUAUGCUCCCCAUGGAAAUUUGAAAGAUUUCCUGCGCAGUCAUCGUUUUGGUGCCACAAACUACGAGGAUAUGGUCACUGGAGAGAAAGAAAAGAAAAUUCUAACGCAAAAGGAGCUGAUUUCGUUCGCCUACCAGAUUGCUCGGGGCAUGGAACAUUUGGCUUCUCGAAGGUGUAUUCAUCGUGAUUUGGCGGCUCGCAAUGUACUGGUGAGUGACGGGUACGUGAUGAAAAUCGCCGAUUUUGGACUCGCGCGGGACAUCCACAGCCAAGAGUACUACCGCAAGACGACAACUGGCAAACUUCCAAUUCGAUGGAUGGCGCCGGAAUCAUUGGAAGAAAAAUUCUACGACUCUCAGAGUGACGUAUGGUCCUUCGGUGUGCUUCUCUGGGAAAUUAUGACACUCGGGGGCAAUCCCUACUCUUCAAUCCCCACCUGGGAUAACUUGUUGGAGCACUUGAAGAAAGGCAAACGAUUAGAGCAACCGCCUCUCUGUUCCAUCGAUAUCUAUCUAUUCAUGCGCGAGUGCUGGCAUUAUCGGCCGGAGGAACGACCCACAUUCAGCGAAAUUGUCCAGCAUCUAGACCGGCUGGUCAGCAUUACCUCCAACGAGGAGUACCUAGAUCUUGGACUGCCCCUGCUGGAGACGCCACCGUCCAGCGACGACGAGUCCGACGACAACGAAAGCGAUGGCUGUGAGCGGGUCCGCAUGUAUCCGUUCAAUCACAGUAACACUACCGAAAGUACCUAUUAACUUUACAAUUAUGUCGACAUCUAGAGCAUACGAAAAAAAAUCAAAACCAAACGUCCCGAGCUCUAUGAGCAAUUAGGUGUUUUUUGAUACAUGACAUGAAUGAAUUCUCGGUGUUGAGUUAUUAACGCGAAUAUUUGGGUGAGUGUGUGUUUGUGUGCGUUUGUUUGUGUCCGAUAACAGGAAAAUAGUAUUUUAUUUGUUAAGAAGAAGCACAAGACUGUAUUUAUUGAUUUUUGUUUGUAAGACGCUACCAACCAAUGAGCAAAUGUAACAAAUGCGGGAGGUCGAUAACUAGUCAGGAAAUCCUGCAGCUACACGACAUGACAAAGGAAACCGAAGGCCAUAAAAAUAAGCCCAUAUUCAGGAUAAUUGUAAAUAUAAUCAUAAUAAUGGUAGGAACAAUAAUCUAUAAGGGAACUGUCAAUCAAGACCAAAGUGUAUUAAAUCAAACAUUAUAUGUCUAAUGUGGGAACUUGAAAGCCCAAAAAUCAUUCAGAAACAUAAACAUUAAUCCAUUCAUCAAAGAUUAAACUCACCGUUCUAAUAGACAAUAACGCAUUAAUCAAAGAGUGCCAGAUGCAAUAUUAUUUGUAAUUUAUAAAUGUUUUAAUCGCCACGUGACAACAUACAGAACACAAUGAUUGUCCUUACGUAACUGUUUCAGUUCAAUAGAUUGUAAGUUUUCGUGCGGAAUGUGAAUCCGAUGAAUGUUCAAAAUUUGAGUAUUAUUGUAUAGAAUCGUGCUAGGAACUAACUCAUUCUUCAUCACGGAUGCUUCGUUUGCGAACAAUGAAUGAACAAAGUAAUUACUGAUGUAUAAAAGUAUGUAAUGAAAUAAAAGAACAGUGCAAAGUA